AUGCUCAAAGAGAGAAAGGGGAAAGGAAGGAAAAAUAGACGCAGAAAGAGGCAGGAGAGACAGCAAGAGCGUCUUGGGGAGAAAAGUCCAGUGUUAGAGGAUGGGUUACCCGAAGAAGGUGAACCCAAAGAAAGUUGUGAGACACCUCCAGUCGAUGAGAACAGAAUUCUACCUACUUCACUGAAUGAAGUGGAGAAUGUGAAAGAAGAAUGCCUCAGAGAGAAGAAAGGGAAAGGAAGGAAAAUUAGACGCAGGAAGAGGCAGGAGAGACAGCAAGAGCGUCUUGAGAAGGAAAACACUGCUGUUUCAGAAGCAGCUGCCAGACCUGAAGUGGAAGACAGUGAACCUGAAGAAGGAGGAUCUGGAAGUCCAAGCCUUUCAGAUGAGGACGCACCACUACCCGCUGGGAAGGUCGACGUGGAAAUGGCCCAACUAUCCAUUGCCAAUUCCAUCAACAUCAUCUAUGAUGUGGAACAAUUGGAAAAAGAAUGGAUAAAAGAGGAGAAGAAAGGAAAACGGAGAAACAGGAGAAAGAGGCAGCGAGACCAGAGUGAAGAUUAUGAGCCUGUGAACAGUGAACCUGAAUCAGGAGUUGAAGAAAAUUCAAUAAUAGAGGACACUGUAGAAAUGGAAGACAACAACGAAUCACACGAUGACAGCGAAGAAUCAAAGUAUUGGGAAGAUUCAGAAGAUGAGUUCUCAGAAGAGCAAGAUGAGGAAGACGAGGAGGACUCAGAAGAAGAGGAUGAGGAGGAUGAGGAGGACUCUGAACAAGAUGAGGAGGAUGAGGAGGACUUAGAAGGAAGAUGA